AUGAGCGCGUCCGCCGCCCCCACGCCCGUGUUCGACAGCAGCAAGGUCGCCGUCAUCUUCGUGCUCGGCGGCCCCGGCGCAGGCAAAGGCACCCAGUGCGCCAACCUCGUGCAGGACUACGGCUUCUGCCAUCUCUCCGCGGGCGACCUGCUCCGCGCGGAGCAGAACCGCGAGGGCUCCGAGUACGGCGCGAUGAUCCGCAACUACAUCCGGGAGGGACAGAUCGUGCCCAUGGAGGUCACGAUCAAGCUGCUCGAGAACGCCAUGCGCGCCGCGCUCGCGAGCGCGCCCGCCGCGGCGGACGGCUGGGCGGACGGCCGGGGGCGCUUCCUCAUCGACGGCUUCCCGCGCAAGAUGGACCAGGCGGUCAAGUUUGACGACGAGGUGUGCCGCUCGUCGCUGGUGCUGUUCUUCACCACGACGGAGGAGGAGAUGCUCAAGCGUUUGCUGGAACGUGGCAAGACCAGUGGGCGCGAGGACGACAACGAGGAGAGCAUCAAGAAGCGCUUCCGCGUGUACAAGGAGCAGACGAUGCCCGUGAUCGCGCAUUACAGCAAGCAAAGCAAGGUUGCCACCAUCGAUGCGACAGCCACGAUCGAGGAGGUACAUGAGAAGGCCAAGGAUGUAGUUGGGAAGCUGCUUGCUGGUGAGGUCACACGCAAUGUCACCGUCUAG